UCAGGAAACACGACUCCUGGCUGCAUGUCAGUAUCCAUGGAUUAGGUUUAUUUGACAAGAUGUAAGGAACACAUUUAAUUCCAACUUUAGUGUAAUUUGUUAGUUUUACUCGCGUUUUUGCAGUUUCCUCUAUUAAAUCAAGUCACGCAGGAGGUUCUUUUGCCACUCAAUCCAGCUGAGGGAGCACGCUUUCGGCGGGAAAGUGACGUCAAUGCAUAUAGUCUUUAAUCAUGCUUUGUUCUCUGUAUUUGCUGUUUGGUGAGUCUCAUGUUCCUGCCACUCAGGUUACAGUCAUAAUCAAAUCUAUGUCUUUUGUUUAUUUUCAGUAAAUUGUCCUUGGGUUUAACUGUGUUAAUCUUUAGUGGGCUAAAUGCUAUAAUAUGUAAUGCAGUUGUUCAGUGAUAAUUUGAGAGGGAUAAAAUGUGUUGUUUUGCAAUCUAGUUUGACUCGGAACUUCUUAAUUCCCAUUUCUGCAUUUGUGAGUCUGUGCUUGUAAAUACCAUGUGCACAUGUGCCUCAUUAAUAAUGUUACUGCUCUGCCUGCACUGACACCUUUGUAUGAGUACUGAACUGAGCUGGACGAUGACAUCACUGUUUUCCCCAGAGCUGCUGUACAGCCAAAACAAACUUUGCUGCAUUAUUUCCCUGUUAUCACUGUAAAUCAGCUUUGAAACACUGUAUUGUAAAACGUGCUAUAUAAAUAAAGGUGACUUAACUGGGUUUGAUAUUUCAAGGUCAAAUGAGUGUGACAUCCAGAACAGUAUAUUCAUCUCACCACAAGAGGACUCUCUCACCCACUUAUCGUAUUGUCUGAAAUUCUGUACAUUGUGAUAUGUGAUGUGUCUUCUCCUGUUCUUUGUCAUUAGUGUCUCCUUAACCUUAAUAUCAGUUGUUACAUCUGUGCAUUUCCGAAUGUAUCUGCAUUUUAUAGGCCGAGUUUCUUUUUGAAAGUGUUUUGUGGAGUUAUUUGGAGGUAGAAUCUGGAUAAUGUUGCAAAUUUGUGUCUGGCUGAUGUUUGACCCGCUUUCACAAGCAGUGAUGAUAAAGGAGGAGGUUCCUGCGCUCAUGUUGGAGGAUGAAAACAGGAGGCUCAGUUUGUGCUCCAGCAGCUCAGGAGAGAGAUGUGACGACACGUGCUGUGAUUUCAGGGAAGCUGUUUUUGGAUGAUCAUGGCUGGACUGGAAUGCAACAAAUAUCUGUGUCUCUUACCAGGAAGAUGGAGCUGAUUUGAAGUGAAGACAUCUGACACCAUGAGGAUGAUGCUGAGAAUAAAUAUCAUCAUUAUUUUGUGUCUUUCAGUCUUAUUGUUUUGUACCCGUCCCAACUCAUCAGCUGAUGUUCAUCAGAGGUCAGUGAUACCCAGGGCAGUAUCCCGCUCUGUGGCAAGGAUGGAUGGCGAUAUCAUCAUCGGCGCUCUGUUUUCUGUCCAUCAUCAACCGUCGGCAGAGAAGGUCUCGGAGAGAAAGUGCGGCGAGAUCAGGGAACAGUACGGGAUCCAAAGAGUGGAAGCGAUGUUCCACACACUGGAUAGAAUUAACGCUGAUCCCAACCUUCUUCCCAACAUCACUCUGGGUUGCGAAAUCAGGGACUCCUGCUGGCACUCAUCAGUGGCUUUGGAACAGAGCAUUGAGUUCAUAAGAGAUUCUCUCAUUUCCAUCCGUGAUGAAAGAGACGGGCUGAAGUGGUGCGUUGAGGGAAAUCCUUCCGCUCAGCCACCGGCCACCAAAAAGCCCAUCGCUGGUGUGAUUGGACCUGGAUCCAGCUCAGUGGCCAUUCAAGUUCAGAACCUGCUGCAACUGUUCAACAUCCCUCAGAUUGCGUACUCGGCAACAAGCAUUGAUCUGAGUGAUAAAACCCUCUUUAAGUACUUCCUUAGGGUCGUGCCCUCUGACACUCUUCAGGCCAGAGCUCUCUUGGACAUUGUUAAACGCUACAACUGGACGUAUGUGUCAGCAGUUCACACUGAGGGGAACUAUGGCGAGAGUGGGAUGGAGGCCUUCAAGGAACUGGCAUCUCAAGAGGGUCUGUGUAUCGCACACUCUGACAAGAUCUACAGCAAUGCUGGGGAGAAACACUUCGACCGGCUGCUGAGGAAACUGCGAGAACGUCUGCCCAAAGCUCGCGUGGUGGUCUGUUUCUGCGAGGGUAUGACUGUUCGCGGUCUCCUCAUGGCCAUGAGACGCCUUGGUGUAGCUGGAGAAUUCCUCCUCAUUGGCAGUGAUGGCUGGGCAGACAGGGAUGAGGUCGUGGAGGGCUACGAACAGGAAGCUGCUGGUGGCAUCACUAUGAAGCUACAGUCGGAGGAGGUCACGUCCUUCGAUGAGUACUAUCUGAAGUUACGGCUCAACACCAACAAUAGAAACCCCUGGUUUGCUGAAUUCUGGCAGCAUCGUUUCCAAUGUCGCCUCCCGGGACACCCACAAGAAAACACGAAUUAUAAGAAGAACUGCUCAGGUGAUCUAGGUUAUGAAAGCCUUGAGGACAACUAUGUCCAGGACAGUAAGAUGGGGUUCGUCAUUAAUGCCAUCUAUGCCAUGGCUCACGGCCUUCAUGAUAUGCAUGAGUACUUGUGCCCGGGUCACGUGGGAAUUUGUGAGGCGAUGGACCCCAUUGAUGGCAGCAAACUGCUGGACUUUCUCCUCAAGACCUCCUUUACUGGCGUGUCUGGAGAAGAUGUGUGGUUUGAUGAAAACGGGGACUCGCCAGGCAGGUAUGACAUUAUGAACCUGCAGUAUGUAGAGCCUGGAGUCUACGACUAUAUAAACGUCGGCUCGUGGCAUGAAGGCAUUCUGAGUAUUGAUGAUGAUAUGAUCCAGAUGAACCGCAGUGAGAUGGUUCGAUCUGUCUGCAGUGAGCCCUGCUCCAAAGGAGAGAUCAAGGUGAUCAGGAAAGGGGAGGUGAGCUGUUGUUGGAUCUGUACGGCCUGCAAGGACAAUGAAUAUGUCCAGGAUGAGUUCACCUGCAAAGCCUGUGAGCUGGGAUGGUGGCCAGACGAAGAACUGCAAGUCUGUGAGCCACUUCCCCUUCGCUAUCUGGAGUGGAGUCAUCCUGAAUCCAUUGCGGCUGUGGUCUUUUCAUGUCUGGGCAUCCUAGUGACCAGUUUUGUCACCUUCAUCUUCAUACUGUACCGAGACACGCCAGUCGUCAAGUCCUCCAGCCGUGAACUUUGCUACAUCAUCCUGGCUGGCAUCUUCCUGGGUUACAUUUGCCCUUUCACUCUCAUCGCCCGUCCCACCCUAGCCUCAUGUUACCUGCAGCGCCUCCUCGUUGGCCUCUCUGCCUCCAUGUGCUACUCGGCUCUCGUGACCAAGACCAACCGCAUUGCUCGCAUUCUGGCCGGCAGCAAGAAGAAGAUAUGCACGCGCAAACCGCGCUUCAUGAGCGCCUGGGCGCAAGUGGUAAUCGCGUUCAUCCUCAUCAGUGUGCAACUGACUUUGGAGGUCACAUUGAUUAUCUUGGAGCCUCCGGAGCCGAUCAAGUCCUACCCCAGUAUUCGAGAAGUGUUUCUAAUAUGCAAUACCAGUAAUUUGGGCAUGGUGGCACCACUGGGCUACAAUGGCCUGCUCAUUCUCAGCUGCACCUAUUAUGCGUUUAAAACUCGCAACGUCCCUGCCAACUUCAACGAGGCCAAGUACAUUGCCUUCACCAUGUACACUACCUGUAUUAUCUGGUUGGCCUUUGUGCCGAUUUACUUCGGCUCCAACUACAAGAUCAUCACCACAUCCUUCUCCGUGAGUCUCAGUGUGACAGUGGCUCUCGGCUGCAUGUUCACGCCAAAAAUGUACAUAAUCAUCGCCAAGCCCGAGAGGAACGUACGCAGCGCGUUCACUACCUCCGAUGUGGUGCGUAUGCACGUGGGCGAUGGAAAAAUUGCUUGCAGGAGCAACAGCCUGCUAAACAUGUUCAAACGUAAGAAGAACACAUCUGGAAAUGCCAAUUCUAAUGGAAAGUCUGUGUCAUGGUCUGAACCAGGUUCAAGACAUCCUCCGAAAGGGGAUCACAUGUGGCACAGACUGUCUGUACAUGUGAAGAGGCAGGAAGCCGGAUCCAAUCAGACGGCUGUCAUCAAACCCCUAACUAAUACCUACAAUAACCCAGGCAUGGAGUUUUCCGAUUUAAGCACCAAGACUCUGUACAAUGUUGCUGAGGAGGAUGAGGGCGACCCGAUCAGAUACAAUCCCUCGGGCAGCCCUCCUCUGAUGGCUCUCAGGCAGUCGCCUGUCAGCAAGCCUAUGAAGGAGGUGGGCGCCGAUCUGACCUUUUACACCCCUGAGCAGCACGUGCCACAAAAAAACAGUGUUCUCCCCCAACAUGUUAUCGCAGACCACCUUCAGCAAGAGGUGGUCAAGUUCAGUUCAAACAUGCCCGAUCUGGAUGAGAUCAUAAGCCUGCCUGAGCCAGGCGACAGGGUGAUGCUGCCGCUUCAACCCCAAAUAUUGCAUCCACAUCCAAUUUUGCCAUUGCAACUGGGUGCUUACCCAGACGAGCCCAUCUCCCCUUUGGAGGAGGUUGAAAAUGAGCAGUUUGGACUUCUCCAUGGCUACAUGUAUGACAAUGCACAGAUCCAUGAUGAGGAGGAGUUGGUGCAGAUCAAAAUGGCAAUGGAGGACUCUCUGGAUCUGAUGCCACCUUCUCCGUUUCGUGAUUCUCUCGGCUCGGGCAGCCCCAUUGCCAACUCCCCGGUGUCCGAGUCCAUCUUAUGCACGCCGCCGAGUUUGACGUACGCGUCCGUCAUUCUCAGAGACUAUAAGCAAAGCUCGUCGACCCUUUGAAACACAUUUAUUUUAGAAGAUCAUGUCAGCUAGCUUUGUGAGAUAAUAGCUACUAGUUUGUACAACGAUGUGACUUUAAGUCGCCUGCACUGGAGAGCUUUAAUAUUGUAUUUGUUUGAUAGCAGAGCAUUUAAAGAGACUGUAUAGACUUCCAUAUAUGGAAGUGGAUGUAUGUUGAGCAGGGUCCAAAAUUAACAAGUGUUAAAUGCCAAUUUGCCAGUAUGUAUUUUAAAGUUUCACAUAGACAUGGAGAAGCUUGUGUACGAUAUAUUUAUUUUCAAUGAGCCAGUGUUUGUUAUUUUAGUAUCAUUUUAGUAUGGUACACUAUUAUUGUUUUAUUAAUAUUUUGAAUAAGUUUUUAUUUUUAUUUUUAGUUUUAAUUUUAGUUAAAG